AUUUAAACUUGUUAGAGUGAUUUAUUAAAAUUUUGAUAUCUUUAUUUCAAAAUACAAUAGGAAUACAAAACAACAUAAAUAACGUUUUGAAAUAAUUACAUUAAACAAGCAAAAAUACCUCGAAAAUUAUAAACUCCAACUUUAUUAAGAUUCGUUUUCUUGUUAUUCCAAUGUCUACUACAUGUAAAGAAAUAUUUUAUGCUUUAAUGUGAUCGACGUACAUAAAUAAGGGUAUUAAAAAUUGUGAAUAUGAAAGGAUUAAUUACAAUAUUUGGAGUUUUUGUGUUGUUUGAAUCGGUAUUAUGCGGAUUGUAUGAAAAACGUUUACUGAAGUAUUUAUUCGAUCCUACUCGACCAGAUGCACACAAUCCAAUUGAACGUCCAUCAGCGAAUGAUACAGAAACUUUGAAUGUCAGUGUGAAAUUUUUCUUGAAUCAAGUUAUGGAUGUGGAUGAAAAGAAUCAAGUGCUGACAACGAUUAUUUGGAUGGAUCUGACAUGGAAUGAUUAUCAUUUUCUCUGGAAUCCUAAAAAUUUUGGCAAUAUAACCACCUUAAUUUUACCAUAUACUGCUGUUUGGAGACCAGAUAUACUCUUAUAUAAUUGUGCUGACGAGAAAUUUGAUCGUCUUUUCCCAACAAAUACAGUUAUAAAUCAUAAUGGAACUGUUCAAUGGUUACCUCCUGGUUUGUUUAAAUCAACGUGUAACAUAGAUAUUCUAUGGUUUCCAUUCGAUGAACAGAAAUGUGAAAUGAAAUUUGGUAGUUGGACAUAUAAUGGUGAUCAAUUAAACUUCCAGUUGCAGUGUAUUAAUGCCUCGCAGCCUAACUGUACAGAAGUUGGAACUGUAGACUUGUCUGAAUAUUCAAAUAAUGGGGAAUUUCAUCUUCGUGGUGCUUCAGUUCGACGUUAUGCCCAACGUUAUGAAUGUUGUGAUUAUGAUUUUAUUGAUGUGAAAAUAUUUAUUCGUCUGCAAAGACGUGCACUUUAUUAUGUAUUCAAUUUAAUUGUGCCUUGUUUACUCAUCUCUGGUAUGGCAUUAAUGGUGUUCAUGUUACCACCAGAUGCUGGAGAGAAAAUUUCAUUAGGUGUAACAAUACUUUUAUCAUUGACAAUGUUCUUACAACUUGUCGCAGAUAAACUACCACAGACAUCAGAGGCAAUUCCAUUAAUUGGGAUCUAUUUUUCAUGUACAAUGAUCAUGUGUUCACUGUCAAUUGUAUUCACUGUACUUGUUUUAAACUAUCAUCAUAGAUCGGCUGAUAUUAUCGCUGUCCCACCAUGGAUCAGAAAUAUUGUCAAUACAUAUCUAGCUAGGUUGAUGUGUAUGGAACCACCGAAGAGAUCACAAAUCAUUGAAGUAGAAGACAUCUCUUCAUCAGAUAGCGGUGGAGAUUCAUCGAUAGAAAAUCUGUUGAAUAAAAAACCUCAAUGCGAACAAUACAUAGGCGUGGAACAAACCUAUUCUAAUUGGAAUCCUGAAGGUGGUAAAAUCCCUAAGCCAAUCAUUCCCCCGAAUUCAAGCCAGAUACGAAUGAAUGGAAAUGUAAAGAGUACACUGCUGCUGGAGGCUGGUGGUGCUGGCGGUAUUGACAGUUUACAAAAUGGACCACAAGAACGUGUGUCAAAAAGUUUAAUGGCGAAUGUAUUAAACUUGGAUGAUGAUUUUCGUGCUACAGCACCAUAUAGUGUACCGAUAAAUUUAACUGAAAAACAAACUGCUGGUAAUAAUCUAAAAUCAAAAAAUUCAACCGAAUUAUCUCCUACAAUGGCAUCAUCGAAUCAACCACCUCCACCUUAUCGACUUUACAAUGCUGCUGGAACAAAUUUAAAUUCAGAACCUCUACGAGAUCCAUUUUCAGAUGAAUUCAGUGAUAUAUCUACAAAUAAUAAUAUACCUAUACAGAAUAAUUCUCCAGGGGCGAAUCAAUCAGCAAGUGGUCAAAGUCAAUUUGAAACGAUUUAUAAAGCUGAUCUAGAGUUUAUUAUUACAGAGUUACGUUUUAUCACUAAAAAAUUACGCGAUGAUGAACAAGAAUCAUUGGUUAGCUUAGAAUGGAAAUUCGCUGCACGUGUUAUUGACAGAUUUUGUUUAGUUAUAUUCAGUGUAUUCAAUAUUGUGGCAACAUUUGCUAUUCUGUGUUCAGCGCCAAAUCUAGUAGCUUCAUUUAUGCCGUAAAUGGUUAGAUUAAACAAGAAAAAAAUAUUUGGAAAUGUUCAAUGAAUUAUUGAAUUCACAAUCUAUGAAUUAAUAUACAAAAAAAAACUAUCCAACAACGAAAAAUAUUCACCAAUAAAGCCUUAAUAUUUUUAAAAUCAAAACUGAAUCAUAAUAAUCACUACAGUUUAAAUAUUGUUCAAUGUUUAAUGCGUGUACAAAUGUUCAAUUUUCAAUAGAUCAAUUAAAACAAACUGUAUAUCGCUAAAAUUAAACGAAUAUUUAAAGAAAAGAGUCCGAUGCUUAUUUCAAACAGUGGAGUUAUGAAAAGUACCAUUUUCUUAUUUAUUUCUCUACUGAAUUUAAGAAUAAAAGAAGGAUUAAACUGAAG